CACGUUCAAACGAUUAACACGUGUAAAAGAAGAUACAAAGAUUCUUUUUGUUUUUCUCUUUAUUAUCUUCUAACAAAAUAUAUCUUGAAAUCUUUGACAAAGUUUAUUGAGAUACCAAAUCAUUGAGUUUUUUUUUUAUUUUAUUAUCGAUAGAGAUAAUUAGAAGGAGUUGUUGUUGAGACUUGCAAUUAUUGUUUUUUUUUCUUUUUGAUAAUUUUCGAAAAUUGCAUUAACAACACGAUUUAAAGAUGCCUGUGGAGUUGGAGCAAGUGCCUUCUGUAGCACAUAAGGCCUUUAAUGGAGAAGAUAAAAUGAACAAGCUGUGUAGACAACUAUCGAUUGAAAGUCCGAGCAUAAUAGGACGCGAUUGUGUAUUCAGUUUCGACGUACCGGUUCCAGAAGUACCUGCACAAGGUGCCCGGAUCCGUGUAGUAUGUGCUGGAGCAUGUUAUCAUCCGAAACGUUCACCGAGUCUAUCGUCUUUAACAUCUGUUUCAAGUAGCAGUAGUUUGGCUACUGAAGCAUCCUUAGAAGGUGAUUGCCCAGCUAACAUUCCUCACCAUGGUGUAAGAGAUGCUGCAUUAUUUCCUGGAUUCGAAGUAGCUGGUGUCAUUGAAUCACUUGGUUCUGACGUCAGCGAAGAUUGCGAAUAUGCAUUGGGUGAUCGAGUUAUUCUUUAUCCUUACGAAGGAAUACCUAAUGGAUACGUCGAAUAUUUGGUUGUACAUGAUCUGAAAUAUCUCAUUAAGAUACCCGAUAAUAUGCCAUUGAGCGUAGCUGCUAUGUUACCAGCUGGUGCAUUACUUGCCAUGAACACUGUAUUCGCUGCCCAUGAACAUGUGCAAAAUCUUUUGAAAGAAAGAGACGAGAAAACCGUUUGCAAGAUUCUAAUCGUUGGAACUGGUGGAUUAGCACUUUGGGCAUUAAGAAUUGCGGCAUAUCACUUCAGUAAUAUGAAGGAUAGAGUAACUAUCACUAUCGCUACUCUUAAAGAUGAUGGUCUUAUCAUGGCACAGGAAUUUCAACGUUUGCACAUUGCUUACAGAGUAAACGUUGUACAAUGGAACGAGGAUUUGUACGAGAAACAGCUGAUCGAAAGGACGAUGGAUGCUUGUCAAGGUCAAGUUGAUGUAGUGAUUGACUUUGGAACGACAUCUCGUAGUCUUCAUCGUAGUAUCCAAUGUUUGAGCAAAGGUGGAGUCGUAUUCGUGAUAAAGGAAGUUGCUGAUCGUCUUUUGCCAAAGUUUAGCAGACGUGCCGAAGAAAAACAACAAAGUAUUAAAUCAGUGGAGCCAGGUACUUUGGAACAACUUCGUGAAUUGGUUCAAUUGGUUGCAUCAAACGAAAUUGAACCACCACCACACACAGUAUAUCCUGCUGAGGAAGCACUCGAUGUUGUACACAAACUCUGCCAUUCCAUGAUUCAAGGUCGUGCGAUUCUACGUUUCUAUCCAUCUGAUUAAAAAAUAGACUAAGAGAGAAAGAGAGAAACAAAAAGAGAGAGAGAUAUAUAGAGAGAAAAAGAUUAUUUCAAAUAUCUGUGUAUUCUGUCUCUCUGUCUUAUUUUCAAUCUUAAGCCAUUCAGAAGCCAAUACGAUUAACUUCACUUUUACUAUUUUAUUAAAAUACUAUUUUAUAAAAAAUAAUUUGACGUUCGACGUUUGUCCAAUACAAUUGUUUGUGACAUGAUUUUUAAUUUUAAUAUCAAAGCACUAAAAUUAGACUUUGAUACCAAAAUAAUGUACCUUAAUAUUCCCUAGUAGCACAAAAUAUUGAAUACAUGUGUAUUUGAUAUUAAAAAGACAUUGAAUCUCUUUUUAAAAU